AAGGAAAAUUUCUAAACCAUAUAUGUCUUUUCCAGGGUUUCUAUAUAAAUAGCUUUUAAAUGGUUUAUAGAUUAUGCAUAUUUGAUUAUUCUUUCAUUUGGAUUUAAAAAUGGCUUCUGGUCGUGAUAGCAGCUCAAGUGAUGAACAAGAAACUUCUCUGUACACCAGUGAUGGGGAUAAGAGGAUUUACCAUCGCCACUCUAAUCAUCAAAUUCAAAAGCUUGAAGCGUAUUUCAAGGAGUGUCCUCAUCCAGACGAUUUGCAGCAACUUAAAUUGGGCGAAGAACUGAAACUUAAACAAAAACAAAUCAAAUUUUGGUUUCAAAACAAAAGAACCCAAGCCAAAGUUCAAAAUGAAAAAGCAGACAAUGCAUCACUUAGAACAGAGAAUAUGAAAAUACGACGUGAGAACGAAGCAAUGCAAGAGGCAUUGAACACUGUGACUUGCCCUCCAUGUGGUGGCCCUCAUCCUGAGCAAGUAGAUCGCAAGCUCUAUUUCCAAAACCUCAGUGCAAAUAACGCAUAUCUCAGAGAAGAGCGUGACAAACUCUCAAUUUUGGUAUACAAGACCGAAGGCCAUCCAAAACCUAUUGUCAAUGCUUUAGCCUAUCUCCAUGGUCCAUCAUUGCACGCAUCGACUUCCAACAACCCACAUGUCACAUAUGGAACCUCUUCCAACCAUCUCGUGGAGCCGCCAAGCUUGUUAAGAGAACUAUACCUUCGUGAACACAUCAGCUUCGCCCAACCGCCUCAGCCGCGACAACUGCAAUGUUCCCCGCCACUAUCUAAUAUGGAGAAAGUGAUGAUGACUGAAGCGAUGGUAGCUGCUGUGACGGAGGUUAUAACUCUGAUUCAAACUGAAGAACCAAUGUGGAUUAAGUCGUCAAUCGAUAGUAGGCUCGUAAUUGAUCAAGAGAACUAUGAGAAAAAGUUUACUAAAAAUAGCUAUUUUAAGACUCGUAUUGAGUCUUCCAAGGAAAUCGCGGUGAUUCCAUUGGAUGCCAAAAACUUGGUGAACAUGCUCUUAGAUACGGAGAAAUGGGCGAGUCUUUUCUCAACAAUUGUGAGCAAAGCUAAAACAAUUCGCGUGCUGGAAUCCUCGAAAUUGAUGUAUGAGCAACUGCACAUACUGUCGCCAUUGCUGCCACCAAGAGAGUUUAUGAUUCUAAGAUGUUGCCAACAACUGGAGGAAGGUCUCUGGGUGAUUGCUGACGUUUCUUACCAUCAAGUAGCCUUUGAGUUUGAGUUUGGGACUCCGGCUUGCUACAAACGUCCUUCCGGUUUUCUCAUCCAAGCCAUGCCCAAUGGUCACUCUAAGGUGACGUGGAUGGAGCACGUGGAAGUAAAUGAUAAAGUGCGGGCACAUCGGAUUUACAGAGACCUCUUAUGCGGCGGCUUUGGCUACGGAGCUCGCCGUUGGACCGCUACUCUUGAGAGAAUGUGUGAGAGGCUAUCUCUCUACUCUGUCUCUGACUUCCCGACGACUGACGACCCCGGAGUUGUGAAAACCAUAAAUGGAAGAAGGAGACUCAUGGAUUUAGGAGAAAGAAUGUUGAAGAAUUUUGCAUGGAUACUAAAUAUGCCUGAAAAAUCUGAUUUUUCGCAACAGUCUGCAACCAACAGCAGCGGAGUUAAUAUUUCGGUGCGUGUAAACAAAGAAGCCGGCCAACCGGUCGGUCUCAUUGUCUGCGCUUGUUCAUCUUUAUGUCUCCCUCUUGCUCCUCUCCAAGUCUACAACUUCCUUAAAAAUCUCGAGGUUCGCCACCAGUGGGACGUUCUCUGCCAUGCGAGUCCGGUUACUGAGGUCGCUCGCUUUGUCACUGGAGCAAACAAUAAGAACUGUGUGAAUAUUCUCCAGCCUUCAAGUGCAGCGGAGGGUGGUGACUUGAUGAUAAUACAAGACAGCUUCAUAGAUGCAUUAGGAGGUAUGGUGGUCUACGCUCCAGUGGACCUAAGCACUGCACACGCUGCCGUUUCAGGUAAUGUCAAUCCUUCUGACAUUCCAAUCCUCCCAUCCGGUUUCGUCAUCUCCCGUGACGGCCGUCCCUCCGCAACCGCUGAGCUAGACGGUGGCUGUGACAAUUGUAAGACGCUCCUGACGGUGGCUUUCCAGAUCCUUGUCACUGGUCCGACUAUCUAUGAAGAACUCCAAAUGGAUAAAUGGACCACCUCAGUCGAUACCUUGAUUAGCUCCACUAUUACAAAGGUUAAAGCCAUGCUUAACUGCCAUGAUGGACAGUGAGAGCUGUUUCACAGUUCUCAAACUAUUUGGUUCUGUUUCUUUUAUUUCAAAUAAUGCUUUGAGUGAGAAGACUAUUCUCCGAUAUGAUUCUCUAAUGAAUCAGACUCGUAUACUUUCAUUCUUUUGGUUGGUUUUCAAACUUAUAAUAAUUUCUAAGGGAAGGCCCUUAGAUAAACAAUGUUAUGUUUGUUGCCGGUUUGGCUUUGUUUGUUUAUGAUAUCUAUACUAUAUUAAAAGGGAUAUAUGAAGGCUUCUAAGAUGUGCCACGUCGGAUUAAAAAUUCAUCCAAUCAAAAGGUUAUAUUUUGACAUGUCACGCAGCUGUGUCCAUCUGACUCUUCAUUCUUCUUCACCAUCUCCGUUCUCUAGCAAUCACCGUUACUGCGAAACCCUCCUCAUCAAUCAAAGUUGCUAUUUAAUCUCUUCUUCAUGGUUUUGUUCCAUCUCCCGUUGAUUCUCCUACGAUAUAAGCCGCUUCAUCUAAACCCUGAAUCAAGCCCAAAUCGAAAACUAUCACUAACGAAGCUACAAUUACGACCACAUAAUCCACCGGUAAGUCUCCUGCCUCCGAAGUUUCGCUCGGACCAAAAUCCAUUUCUGGGAGGCCAAAAACAUUGCAAAAGGUGGGACCUUUAUUGGCUUAGAGCUGCUAGGAUCAAGCUGGAGGUCGCUUCAUAGGGUACCAGCCUAAUCAGCACGUAGUACCUUUGUUAGUUUAGAAUCUCAAAACACUCUAUUGGUUUGUGGGUUUCAGAAAAACUGAGAACUGUUCUUUAUAUUUGUAUGCAGGAGAUCGAUUUUGAGUUUGAGACUGAAUAAAAGAAAUAUCUUACCAGACAAGGAAAUAAUUAAGAGGUAUAUACACAACAUCUUAAUGAAUGUAGCUUUUUGCUAGGAAGCGUAUAAGUUGAAUAUUUUUCUUCCUAUUCUGCAGUCAUUGAAAGAUGAAACUAAAAGACUUAGCUUUCUUCAAGAAAAUAAAAUGUAUAUGGCAAAUCUUCAAAAGCUCCUGCUAAAAACGAAAAGGUAAUUUUUCUCCUUUGCACAUGUAAUAAUUUCAGAUACCUUGGCAACGCUGAUGCUAGGGUAGGAUUUGUAUUCUUUAGUCUUUUUUGCUCCUUCACCUGUAAUAAUUUUAGUUACCUUGGCAACGCAAGACGACCUAAUGAAUUUAUGUUGAACCUGUGAACUAUAUUUCCUACUUAUUAUUUCUUUGAUUUUAACAGAGAGACAAUGUCAGGAACCAAAGGGAGUAUCUGGUUUGUUUACUUGCUGAUAAUCAUAUAAGGUUGACUCCCAGGCCAGAGUUUCUGAAUAAGCUCGACGAUAGAGCCGUUGAUGCCGUCAAGACAAAGUUCUUUAAGAACUACAAGAACUGGUGCAAAUUUUUAGGACGUAAACAUAGUUUAAGGUACCAGGCAACAUUUUAUUUUCACAAAUGGCUUGAAUGAGACACUUUUUUGAAUGAUGUUUAUACUCUUAAUAAAAAUUCACUCAUUUAAUUUAUGCGAAGGCUUUCUCAAGGUGCUGAAGAUAUACAACAGGAGAAGAUACUGUAUAUGGGUUUUUAAAUCCUUUUUAGCUGAUAUGAUUAGUCAAACACAAGAAUUCAUCAAUAUUUACCUGCUUUUUAUUCUCAGAUGGCUUAUGAACUCCAUGGUCUUCUGGCUGGAAAUGUCAGCAUCGUUACUGGAGAAAAUAUCAAGCCUUCUUACGGUGGAGAUGAUGAGGCCUUUCUGCUGAAAAGCAAGUAAGAAUGCCACUGGCAAGGCCGCUCACUCAGAUUGGUCCAACUAUGAUGAUCUGUAUGAAUAUUUUUGGUCUCCAGAUUGCUUCUAUCUCGGCUGGCCAAUGCGUGAUGAUGGAGAUCUCUCUCCAGUAUCUUCAUUACAGCAGCUUUUCUACGCUUCCUCCAGAGUAUCUUGGAUAUUAUCUUAAACUUCCCGGGUUUCCACAGAUGGAAAUUUACUGAAAUUUUGAGAAAUAUUCUCAAGAUCGCUGUAAGUCUCGCUUGGUGUGUAGUCUUACCGCUUUGCGAUGCCCAGUCCAAUUCUUCUGCUCCUGGGAUGCUGAAGCAAUGGAUAUCAUUCCUUCCACGAGACGUUAAAGGGGUUCCCCCGCUCCAUAUCUUGGCUGUCGCUCUUUACUUGCUCCCAAAUGUACCAUGUUCAUUUUCCCUAUGCUUCGACGCUGGAUUGAGAAUUCAGACUGGCAUAUAAUUAGAUUGCAUGUGUGGUGGUCACAGGUAUGAUGCUGGAUUUAUAAUUCCUUUCUUUUCAUCCUGGAUGAAAAUUAUGAUUCUGUUUAGUCAGCAAAUCCCUUUAGGCAUGCUAGAAGAGCUCUGAACUCUGUUAUGUCUUAUGUUUUAUAUAUUGCAGUGCUAAUGGCAUAAAUUAUUUGAGUAUUUUCUAUAUAUUUAAAUUGCAUUGUAUGAUUGUAUCUAGAGGCUAUCUCUUGGCUCAGUUUAGCAGCUCAAAUAUGACUGAAUCACCACAAACCUCACCGGCUAUUCUUUUUGACGUUUGCAACAAGAGACAAGAUUAUAUAUAUAAAAGCUCAUGCGUCCAUGGUUCUUAGUGUCUUUGUCUUUUUUAGUUUCUUUUUUUACUAGGAAACUUCUGAUAUUUGUAUGUAUUUGAUUCAUUCUUCUUAGUGUCUUUGUCUUUUUUAGUUUCUUUUUUUACUAGAGUGUUGUGUUUUGUCUGUCUAAAGACAUACUCUCUGGGUUAUCUCAUAAAACGAAGAGAUGUAAUAAAUUGCUCCUUAUCAACUGGACACGCACUGAAAAUACUAAAGAUUACCCAUAUUGGGAUCUAAACUAUUUUUUUCAUCCCCGGAUGCUGAAGAUUACAACGUAGGCCAAAUUGGCCUACAAGUCCACGGUGGUGCACCAGGUAUGUCCAUUCCUUACCUUACUUUACUUUCUCUACCAGUUAUGUUUUGGUAUUUACGGUUUAUUGGAUUCGUGUCGGCAGCACGAGGAAAAUCUCAUCACAUUCAUGAUCCGAUGAAAGAGGUUAGGAGGAGAUAGUUCCUCCAGGCACAAAGGCUUUUCAUGUCAUGGCUACUUCCCACACUAAAGUCUGAGCCAACCAAAGCAGUGGAACCAGUACGAGGCCCCAAUACCUCUCACGGACACGAAGCUCUGCCUCAUCAUGCAGGACCCUUAGGUGUGUCGGAAAAAUAAGAAAAAGAGGCGUAGGAAAACGUAUAACACACACGUGUCUUUACUCUCUCUGACAUGAGAUGUCACUAGAACAUUUGUUCCUGGUGACAACUUAGAGUCAACAUCGAGAGAGACAGAGGAUUGGAGGAAAUGACGGCUGCUCGGGUCUUGGUGGGAUCUCGAAUUAUAGUCCAAAGUCACUUUUCCCACCGGAAAAACUGGUGGAGAAAUUGGAGCAGCACAGCUCUUGCGAGGAGGAAAGGAACAUGUGAUGAUGUUCAACUAGGCUCCUGGAAGAGAGAGGGGAUACAGUCAAGAAGAAUGAAAUCAUACCUUCUUCUGAAACGGAAGUCUCUGCUGGUUGCGGUUAGGGCAAGCUGAACAUGCCUUAUAUGAUGCUAACGUCUGCAGAGAACUAAAACCUGAUUGGUCUAAAAGAUGUUGUUUCCGUGAAGGUGUUGCUCUUUGUUUCCUACAGAGAUUUGUUGAGGCAGCCAAUGCCUUUUUACGAAGGAGUAAAGCAAAGAGAUCAGUGAUGAGUUCAGAGAAGUUGUAGAUGCUCAAAAGGAAGUUUCCCGGCAAGGGAAAGAUUAAGGCCAAACCAUAAGAUCUUCUAGAGAAGGCUCUUUUUAGUAUAUGUAUGAAGUUUUGAUAUUGCUUCUUACCUUGGUCUCUCCCAUGACAUUGUUGCCUAUCUUUACUUACACGUACUAAAAACUUCAGGCAUAAAAUUUUGUUUGUGCUCUGAUUAAAAGGGAUAUAUGAAGGCUUCUAAGAUGUGCCACGUCGGAUUAAAAAUUCAUCCAAUCAAAAGGUUAUAUUUUGACAUGUCACGCAGCUGUGUCCAUCUGACUCUUCAUUCUUCUUCACCAUCUCCGUUCUCUAGCAAUCACCGUUACUGCGAAACCCUCCUCAUCAAUCAAAGUUGCUAUUUAAUCUCUUCUUCAUGGUUUUGUUCCAUCUCCCGUUGAUUCUCCUACGAUAUAAGCCGCUUCAUCUAAACCCUGAAUCAAGCCCAAAUCGAAAACUAUCACUAACGAAGCUACAAUUACGACCACAUAAUCCACCGGUAAGUCUCCUGCCUCCGAAGUUUCGCUCGGACCAAAAUCCAUUUCUGGGAGGCCAAAAACAUUGCAAAAGGUGGGACCUUUAUUGGCUUAGAGCUGCUAGGAUCAAGCUGGAGGUCGCUUCAUAGGGUACCAGCCUAAUCAGCACGUAGUACCUUUGUUAGUUUAGAAUCUCAAAACACUCUAUUGGUUUGUGGGUUUCAGAAAAACUGAGAACUGUUCUUUAUAUUUGUAUGCAGGAGAUCGAUUUUGAGUUUGAGACUGAAUAAAAGAAAUAUCUUACCAGACAAGGAAAUAAUUAAGAGGUAUAUACACAACAUCUUAAUGAAUGUAGCUUUUUGCUAGGAAGCGUAUAAGUUGAAUAUUUUUCUUCCUAUUCUGCAGUCAUUGAAAGAUGAAACUAAAAGACUUAGCUUUCUUCAAGAAAAUAAAAUGUAUAUGGCAAAUCUUCAAAAGCUCCUGCUAAAAACGAAAAGGUAAUUUUUCUCCUUUGCACAUGUAAUAAUUUCAGAUACCUUGGCAACGCUGAUGCUAGGGUAGGAUUUGUAUUCUUUAGUCUUUUUUGCUCCUUCACCUGUAAUAAUUUUAGUUACCUUGGCAACGCAAGACGACCUAAUGAAUUUAUGUUGAACCUGUGAACUAUAUUUCCUACUUAUUAUUUCUUUGAUUUUAACAGAGAGACAAUGUCAGGAACCAAAGGGAGUAUCUGGUUUGUUUACUUGCUGAUAAUCAUAUAAGGUUGACUCCCAGGCCAGAGUUUCUGAAUAAGCUCGACGAUAGAGCCGUUGAUGCCGUCAAGACAAAGUUCUUUAAGAACUACAAGAACUGGUGCAAAUUUUUAGGACGUAAACAUAGUUUAAGGUACCAGGCAACAUUUUAUUUUCACAAAUGGCUUGAAUGAGACACUUUUUUGAAUGAUGUUUAUACUCUUAAUAAAAAUUCACUCAUUUAAUUUAUGCGAAGGCUUUCUCAAGGUGCUGAAGAUAUACAACAGGAGAAGAUACUGUAUAUGGGUUUUUAAAUCCUUUUUAGCUGAUAUGAUUAGUCAAACACAAGAAUUCAUCAAUAUUUACCUGCUUUUUAUUCUCAGAUGGCUUAUGAACUCCAUGGUCUUCUGGCUGGAAAUGUCAGCAUCGUUACUGGAGAAAAUAUCAAGCCUUCUUACGGUGGAGAUGAUGAGGCCUUUCUGCUGAAAAGCAAGUAAGAAUGCCACUGGCAAGGCCGCUCACUCAGAUUGGUCCAACUAUGAUGAUCUGUAUGAAUAUUUUUGGUCUCCAGAUUGCUUCUAUCUCGGCUGGCCAAUGCGUGAUGAUGGAGAUCUCUCUCCAGUAUCUUCAUUACAGCAGCUUUUCUACGCUUCCUCCAGAGUAUCUUGGAUAUUAUCUUAAACUUCCCGGGUUUCCACAGAUGGAAAUUUACUGAAAUUUUGAGAAAUAUUCUCAAGAUCGCUGUAAGUCUCGCUUGGUGUGUAGUCUUACCGCUUUGCGAUGCCCAGUCCAAUUCUUCUGCUCCUGGGAUGCUGAAGCAAUGGAUAUCAUUCCUUCCACGAGACGUUAAAGGGGUUCCCCCGCUCCAUAUCUUGGCUGUCGCUCUUUACUUGCUCCCAAAUGUACCAUGUUCAUUUUCCCUAUGCUUCGACGCUGGAUUGAGAAUUCAGACUGGCAUAUAAUUAGAUUGCAUGUGUGGUGGUCACAGGUAUGAUGCUGGAUUUAUAAUUCCUUUCUUUUCAUCCUGGAUGAAAAUUAUGAUUCUGUUUAGUCAGCAAAUCCCUUUAGGCAUGCUAGAAGAGCUCUGAACUCUGUUAUGUCUUAUGUUUUAUAUAUUGCAGUGCUAAUGGCAUAAAUUAUUUGAGUAUUUUCUAUAUAUUUAAAUUGCAUUGUAUGAUUGUAUCUAGAGGCUAUCUCUUGGCUCAGUUUAGCAGCUCAAAUAUGACUGAAUCACCACAAACCUCACCGGCUAUUCUUUUUGACGUUUGCAACAAGAGACAAGAUUAUAUAUAUAAAAGCUCAUGCGUCCAUGGUUCUUAGUGUCUUUGUCUUUUUUAGUUUCUUUUUUUACUAGGAAACUUCUGAUAUUUGUAUGUAUUUGAUUCAUUCUUCUUAGUGUCUUUGUCUUUUUUAGUUUCUUUUUUUACUAGAGUGUUGUGUUUUGUCUGUCUAAAGACAUACUCUCUGGGUUAUCUCAUAAAACGAAGAGAUGUAAUAAAUUGCUCCUUAUCAACUGGACACGCACUGAAAAUACUAAAGAUUACCCAUAUUGGGAUCUAAACUAUUUUUUUCAUCCCCGGAUGCUGAAGAUUACAACGUAGGCCAAAUUGGCCUACAAGUCCACGGUGGUGCACCAGGUAUGUCCAUUCCUUACCUUACUUUACUUUCUCUACCAGUUAUGUUUUGGUAUUUAUGGUUUAUUGGAUUCGUGUCGGCAGCACGAGGAAAAUCUCAUCACAUUCAUGAUCCGAUGAAAGAGGUUAGGAGGAGAUAGUUCCUCCAGGCACAAAGGCUUUUCAUGUCAUGGCUACUUCCCACACUAAAGUCUGAGCCAACCAAAGCAGUGGAACCAGUACGAGGCCCCAAUACCUCUCAUGGACACGAAGCUCUGCCUCAUCAUGCAGGACCCUUAGGUGUGUCGGAAAAAUAAGAAAAAGAGGCGUAGGAAAACGUAUAACACACACGUGUCUUUACUCUCUCUGACAUGAGAUGUCACUAGAACAUUUGUUCCUGGUGACAACUUAGAGUCAACAUCGAGAGAGACAGAGGAUUGGAGGAAAUGACGGCUGCUCGGGUCUUGGUGGGAUCUCGAAUUAUAGUCCAAAGUCACUUUUCCCACCGGAAAAACUGGUGGAGAAAUUGGAGCAGCACAGCUCUUGCGAGGAGGAAAGGAACAUGUGAUGAUGUUCAACUAGGCUCCUGGAAGAGAGAGGGGAUACAGUCAAGAAGAAUGAAAUCAUACCUUCUUCUGAAACGGAAGUCUCUGCUGGUUGCGGUUAGGGCAAGCUGAACAUGCCUUAUAUGAUGCUAACGUCUGCAGAGAACUAAAACCUGAUUGGUCUAAAAGAUGUUGUUUCCGUGAAGGUGUUGCUCUUUGUUUCCUACAGAGAUUUGUUGAGGCAGCCAAUGCCUUUUUACGAAGGAGUAAAGCAAAGAGAUCAGUGAUGAGUUCAGAGAAGUUGUAGAUGCUCAAAAGGAAGUUUCCCGGCAAGGGAAAGAUUAAGGCCAAACCAUAAGAUCUUCUAGAGAAGGCUCUUUUUAGUAUAUGUAUGAAGUUUUGAUAUUGCUUCUUACCUUGGUCUCUCCCAUGACAUUGUUGCCUAUCUUUACUUACACGUACUAAAAACUUCAGGCAUAAAAUUUUGUUUGUGCUCUGAUUAAAAGGGAUAUAUGAAGGCUUCUAAGAUGUGCCACGUCGGAUUAAAAAUUCAUCCAAUCAAAAGGUUAUAUUUUGACAUGUCACGCAGCUGUGUCCAUCUGACUCUUCAUUCUUCUUCACCAUCUCCGUUCUCUAGCAAUCACCGUUACUGCGAAACCCUCCUCAUCAAUCAAAGUUGCUAUUUAAUCUCUUCUUCAUGGUUUUGUUCCAUCUCCCGUUGAUUCUCCUACGAUAUAAGCCGCUUCAUCUAAACCCUGAAUCAAGCCCAAAUCGAAAACUAUCACUAACGAAGCUACAAUUACGACCACAUAAUCCACCGGUAAGUCUCCUGCCUCCGAAGUUUCGCUCGGACCAAAAUCCAUUUCUGGGAGGCCAAAAACAUUGCAAAAGGUGGGACCUUUAUUGGCUUAGAGCUGCUAGGAUCAAGCUGGAGGUCGCUUCAUAGGGUACCAGCCUAAUCAGCACGUAGUACCUUUGUUAGUUUAGAAUCUCAAAACACUCUAUUGGUUUGUGGGUUUCAGAAAAACUGAGAACUGUUCUUUAUAUUUGUAUGCAGGAGAUCGAUUUUGAGUUUGAGACUGAAUAAAAGAAAUAUCUUACCAGACAAGGAAAUAAUUAAGAGGUAUAUACACAACAUCUUAAUGAAUGUAGCUUUUUGCUAGGAAGCGUAUAAGUUGAAUAUUUUUCUUCCUAUUCUGCAGUCAUUGAAAGAUGAAACUAAAAGACUUAGCUUUCUUCAAGAAAAUAAAAUGUAUAUGGCAAAUCUUCAAAAGCUCCUGCUAAAAACGAAAAGGUAAUUUUUCUCCUUUGCACAUGUAAUAAUUUCAGAUACCUUGGCAACGCUGAUGCUAGGGUAGGAUUUGUAUUCUUUAGUCUUUUUUGCUCCUUCACCUGUAAUAAUUUUAGUUACCUUGGCAACGCAAGACGACCUAAUGAAUUUAUGUUGAACCUGUGAACUAUAUUUCCUACUUAUUAUUUCUUUGAUUUUAACAGAGAGACAAUGUCAGGAACCAAAGGGAGUAUCUGGUUUGUUUACUUGCUGAUAAUCAUAUAAGGUUGACUCCCAGGCCAGAGUUUCUGAAUAAGCUCGACGAUAGAGCCGUUGAUGCCGUCAAGACAAAGUUCUUUAAGAACUACAAGAACUGGUGCAAAUUUUUAGGACGUAAACAUAGUUUAAGGUACCAGGCAACAUUUUAUUUUCACAAAUGGCUUGAAUGAGACACUUUUUUGAAUGAUGUUUAUACUCUUAAUAAAAAUUCACUCAUUUAAUUUAUGCGAAGGCUUUCUCAAGGUGCUGAAGAUAUACAACAGGAGAAGAUACUGUAUAUGGGUUUUUAAAUCCUUUUUAGCUGAUAUGAUUAGUCAAACACAAGAAUUCAUCAAUAUUUACCUGCUUUUUAUUCUCAGAUGGCUUAUGAACUCCAUGGUCUUCUGGCUGGAAAUGUCAGCAUCGUUACUGGAGAAAAUAUCAAGCCUUCUUACGGUGGAGAUGAUGAGGCCUUUCUGCUGAAAAGCAAGUAAGAAUGCCACUGGCAAGGCCGCUCACUCAGAUUGGUCCAACUAUGAUGAUCUGUAUGAAUAUUUUUGGUCUCCAGAUUGCUUCUAUCUCGGCUGGCCAAUGCGUGAUGAUGGAGAUCUCUCUCCAGUAUCUUCAUUACAGCAGCUUUUCUACGCUUCCUCCAGAGUAUCUUGGAUAUUAUCUUAAACUUCCCGGGUUUCCACAGAUGGAAAUUUACUGAAAUUUUGAGAAAUAUUCUCAAGAUCGCUGUAAGUCUCGCUUGGUGUGUAGUCUUACCGCUUUGCGAUGCCCAGUCCAAUUCUUCUGCUCCUGGGAUGCUGAAGCAAUGGAUAUCAUUCCUUCCACGAGACGUUAAAGGGGUUCCCCCGCUCCAUAUCUUGGCUGUCGCUCUUUACUUGCUCCCAAAUGUACCAUGUUCAUUUUCCCUAUGCUUCGACGCUGGAUUGAGAAUUCAGACUGGCAUAUAAUUAGAUUGCAUGUGUGGUGGUCACAGGUAUGAUGCUGGAUUUAUAAUUCCUUUCUUUUCAUCCUGGAUGAAAAUUAUGAUUCUGUUUAGUCAGCAAAUCCCUUUAGGCAUGCUAGAAGAGCUCUGAACUCUGUUAUGUCUUAUGUUUUAUAUAUUGCAGUGCUAAUGGCAUAAAUUAUUUGAGUAUUUUCUAUAUAUUUAAAUUGCAUUGUAUGAUUGUAUCUAGAGGCUAUCUCUUGGCUCAGUUUAGCAGCUCAAAUAUGACUGAAUCACCACAAACCUCACCGGCUAUUCUUUUUGACGUUUGCAACAAGAGACAAGAUUAUAUAUAUAAAAGCUCAUGCGUCCAUGGUUCUUAGUGUCUUUGUCUUUUUUAGUUUCUUUUUUUACUAGGAAACUUCUGAUAUUUGUAUGUAUUUGAUUCAUUCUUCUUAGUGUCUUUGUCUUUUUUAGUUUCUUUUUUUACUAGAGUGUUGUGUUUUGUCUGUCUAAAGACAUACUCUCUGGGUUAUCUCAUAAAACGAAGAGAUGUAAUAAAUUGCUCCUUAUCAACUGGACACGCACUGAAAAUACUAAAGAUUACCCAUAUUGGGAUCUAAACUAUUUUUUUCAUCCCCGGAUGCUGAAGAUUACAACGUAGGCCAAAUUGGCCUACAAGUCCACGGUGGUGCACCAGGUAUGUCCAUUCCUUACCUUACUUUACUUUCUCUACCAGUUAUGUUUUGGUAUUUAUGGUUUAUUGGAUUCGUGUCGGCAGCACGAGGAAAAUCUCAUCACAUUCAUGAUCCGAUGAAAGAGGUUAGGAGGAGAUAGUUCCUCCAGGCACAAAGGCUUUUCAUGUCAUGGCUACUUCCCACACUAAAGUCUGAGCCAACCAAAGCAGUGGAACCAGUACGAGGCCCCAAUACCUCUCAUGGACACGAAGCUCUGCCUCAUCAUGCAGGACCCUUAGGUGUGUCGGAAAAAUAAGAAAAAGAGGCGUAGGAAAACGUAUAACACACACGUGUCUUUACUCUCUCUGACAUGAGAUGUCACUAGAACAUUUGUUCCUGGUGACAACUUAGAGUCAACAUCGAGAGAGACAGAGGAUUGGAGGAAAUGACGGCUGCUCGGGUCUUGGUGGGAUCUCGAAUUAUAGUCCAAAGUCACUUUUCCCACCGGAAAAACUGGUGGAGAAAUUGGAGCAGCACAGCUCUUGCGAGGAGGAAAGGAACAUGUGAUGAUGUUCAACUAGGCUCCUGGAAGAGAGAGGGGAUACAGUCAAGAAGAAUGAAAUCAUACCUUCUUCUGAAACGGAAGUCUCUGCUGGUUGCGGUUAGGGCAAGCUGAACAUGCCUUAUAUGAUGCUAACGUCUGCAGAGAACUAAAACCUGAUUGGUCUAAAAGAUGUUGUUUCCGUGAAGGUGUUGCUCUUUGUUUCCUACAGAGAUUUGUUGAGGCAGCCAAUGCCUUUUUACGAAGGAGUAAAGCAAAGAGAUCAGUGAUGAGUUCAGAGAAGUUGUAGAUGCUCAAAAGGAAGUUUCCCGGCAAGGGAAAGAUUAAGGCCAAACCAUAAGAUCUUCUAGAGAAGGCUCUUUUUAGUAUAUGUAUGAAGUUUUGAUAUUGCUUCUUACCUUGGUCUCUCCCAUGACAUUGUUGCCUAUCUUUACUUACACGUACUAAAAACUUCAGGCAUAAAAUUUUGUUUGUGCUCUGAUUAAAAGGGAUAUAUGAAGGCUUCUAAGAUGUGCCACGUCGGAUUAAAAAUUCAUCCAAUCAAAAGGUUAUAUUUUGACAUGUCACGCAGCUGUGUCCAUCUGACUCUUCAUUCUUCUUCACCAUCUCCGUUCUCUAGCAAUCACCGUUACUGCGAAACCCUCCUCAUCAAUCAAAGUUGCUAUUUAAUCUCUUCUUCAUGGUUUUGUUCCAUCUCCCGUUGAUUCUCCUACGAUAUAAGCCGCUUCAUCUAAACCCUGAAUCAAGCCCAAAUCGAAAACUAUCACUAACGAAGCUACAAUUACGACCACAUAAUCCACCGGUAAGUCUCCUGCCUCCGAAGUUUCGCUCGGACCAAAAUCCAUUUCUGGGAGGCCAAAAACAUUGCAAAAGGUGGGACCUUUAUUGGCUUAGAGCUGCUAGGAUCAAGCUGGAGGUCGCUUCAUAGGGUACCAGCCUAAUCAGCACGUAGUACCUUUGUUAGUUUAGAAUCUCAAAACACUCUAUUGGUUUGUGGGUUUCAGAAAAACUGAGAACUGUUCUUUAUAUUUGUAUGCAGGAGAUCGAUUUUGAGUUUGAGACUGAAUAAAAGAAAUAUCUUACCAGACAAGGAAAUAAUUAAGAGUCAUUGAAAGAUGAAACUAAAAGACUUAGCUUUCUUCAAGAAAAUAAAAUGUAUAUGGCAAAUCUUCAAAAGCUCCUGCUAAAAACGAAAAGGUAAUUUUUCUCCUUUGCACAUGUAAUAAUUUCAGAUACCUUGGCAACGCUGAUGCUAGGGUAGGAUUUGUAUUCUUUAGUCUUUUUUGCUCCUUCACCUGUAAUAAUUUUAGUUACCUUGGCAACGCAAGACGACCUAAUGAAUUUAUGUUGAACCUGUGAACUAUAUUUCCUACUUAUUAUUUCUUUGAUUUUAACAGAGAGACAAUGUCAGGAACCAAAGGGAGUAUCUGGUUUGUUUACUUGCUGAUAAUCAUAUAAGGUUGACUCCCAGGCCAGAGUUUCUGAAUAAGCUCGACGAUAGAGCCGUUGAUGCCGUCAAGACAAAGUUCUUUAAGAACUACAAGAACUGGUGCAAAUUUUUAGGACGUAAACAUAGUUUAAGGCUUUCUCAAGGUGCUGAAGAUAUACAACAGGAGAAGAUACUGUAUAUGGGUUUUUAAAUCCUUUUUAGCUGAUAUGAUUAGUCAAACACAAGAAUUCAUCAAUAUUUACCUGCUUUUUAUUCUCAGAUGGCUUAUGAACUCCAUGGUCUUCUGGCUGGAAAUGUCAGCAUCGUUACUGGAGAAAAUAUCAAGCCUUCUUACGGUGGAGAUGAUGAGGCCUUUCUGCUGAAAAGGUAAAUGUUUAAAUGAUAGGUUUAUGACAUCUUAAUAAUCUUGACCUUCUAUACUCCAUAGUUCUCUUUUCCAUGAAUUGGAAAGCAAGUAAGAAUGCCACUGGCAAGGCCGCUCACUCAGAUUGGUCCAACUAUGAUGAUCUGUAUGAAUAUUUUUGGUCUCCAGAUUGCUUCUAUCUCGGCUGGCCAAUGCGUGAUGAUGGAGAUCUCUCUCCAGUAUCUUCAUUACAGCAGCUUUUCUACGCUUCCUCCAGAGUAUCUUGGAUAUUAUCUUAAACUUCCCGGGUUUCCACAGAUGGAAAUUUACUGAAAUUUUGAGAAAUAUUCUCAAGAUCGCUGUAAGUCUCGCUUGGUGUGUAGUCUUACCGCUUUGCGAUGCCCAGUCCAAUUCUUCUGCUCCUGGGAUGCUGAAGCAAUGGAUAUCAUUCCUUCCACGAGACGUUAAAGGGGUUCCCCCGCUCCAUAUCUUGGCUGUCGCUCUUUACUUGCUCCCAAAUGUACCAUGUUCAUUUUCCCUAUGCUUCGACGCUGGAUUGAGAAUUCAGACUGGCAUAUAAUUAGAUUGCAUGUGUGGUGGUCACAGGUAUGAUGCUGGAUUUAUAAUUCCUUUCUUUUCAUCCUGGAUGAAAAUUAUGAUUCUGUUUAGUCAGCAAAUCCCUUUAGGCAUGCUAGAAGAGCUCUGAACUCUGUUAUGUCUUAUGUUUUAUAUAUUGCAGUGCUAAUGGCAUAAAUUAUUUGAGUAUUUUCUAUAUAUUUAAAUUGCAUUGUAUGAUUGUAUCUAGAGGCUAUCUCUUGGCUCAGUUUAGCAGCUCAAAUAUGACUGAAUCACCACAAACCUCACCGGCUAUUCUUUUUGACGUUUGCAACAAGAGACAAGAUUAUAUAUAUAAAAGCUCAUGCGUCCAUGGUUCUUAGUGUCUUUGUCUUUUUUAGUUUCUUUUUUUACUAGGAAACUUCUGAUAUUUGUAUGUAUUUGAUUCAUUCUUCUUAGUGUCUUUGUCUUUUUUAGUUUCUUUUUUUACUAGAGUGUUGUGUUUUGUCUGUCUAAAGACAUACUCUCUGGGUUAUCUCAUAAAACGAAGAGAUGUAAUAAAUUGCUCCUUAUCAACUGGACACGCACUGAAAAUACUAAAGAUUACCCAUAUUGGGAUCUAAACUAUUUUUUUCAUCCCCGGAUGCUGAAGAUUACAACGUAGGCCAAAUUGGCCUACAAGUCCACGGUGGUGCACCAGGUAUGUCCAUUCCUUACCUUACUUUACUUUCUCUACCAGUUAUGUUUUGGUAUUUACGGUUUAUUGGAUUCGUGUCGGCAGCACGAGGAAAAUCUCAUCACAUUCAUGAUCCGAUGAAAGAGGUUAGGAGGAGAUAGUUCCUCCAGGCACAAAGGCUUUUCAUGUCAUGGCUACUUCCCACACUAAAGUCUGAGCCAACCAAAGCAGUGGAACCAGUACGAGGCCCCAAUACCUCUCACGGACACGAAGCUCUGCCUCAUCAUGCAGGACCCUUAGGUGUGUCGGAAAAAUAAGAAAAAGAGGCGUAGGAAAACGUAUAACACACACGUGUCUUUACUCUCUCUGACAUGAGAUGUCACUAGAACAUUUGUUCCUGGUGACAACUUAGAGUCAACAUCGAGAGAGACAGAGGAUUGGAGGAAAUGACGGCUGCUCGGGUCUUGGUGGGAUCUCGAAUUAUAGUCCAAAGUCACUUUUCCCACCGGAAAAACUGGUGGAGAAAUUGGAGCAGCACAGCUCUUGCGAGGAGGAAAGGAACAUGUGAUGAUGUUCAACUAGGCUCCUGGAAGAGAGAGGGGAUACAGUCAAGAAGAAUGAAAUCAUACCUUCUUCUGAAACGGAAGUCUCUGCUGGUUGCGGUUAGGGCAAGCUGAACAUGCCUUAUAUGAUGCUAACGUCUGCAGAGAACUAAAACCUGAUUGGUCUAAAAGAUGUUGUUUCCGUGAAGGUGUUGCUCUUUGUUUCCUACAGAGAUUUGUUGAGGCAGCCAAUGCCUUUUUACGAAGGAGUAAAGCAAAGAGAUCAGUGAUGAGUUCAGAGAAGUUGUAGAUGCUCAAAAGGAAGUUUCCCGGCAAGGGAAAGAUUAAGGCCAAACCAUAAGAUCUUCUAGAGAAGGCUCUUUUUAGUAUAUGUAUGAAGUUUUGAUAUUGCUUCUUACCUUGGUCUCUCCCAUGACAUUGUUGCCUAUCUUUACUUACACGUACUAAAAACUUCAGGCAUAAAAUUUUGUUUGUGCUCUGAUUUUGUCAUUGUGUUUGGAUUUACAAUUUUGAUUUUUAAAAAUUGUAAACAAUGAUUUUAUUUGUUAUACUUAACAUUUUCUUUUUGCCACCAAAAA